AUGAUGCACAGCUGGCGCCAGGCCCUGUGGGCCCUUCUUCUGCUCGUCUCCGUCGCCCAGGCGCAAUUCAACUUCUUCGAGCACAUGUUCCGGGGCGACCAACAGCAAGAACAGGCCUCGGGCCCGCAAGAUGCCGCCAGUGAUAGCAGCCGAUACCAAAAGAAUUGGAACGGAGUUUCAUGCAGUAAAUACACCUGCCCGGGAACUUUGGCAUGUGUCCAUUUCCCGCAUCACUGCCCGUGCCCACACCCGGAUGUUGAAGAAAAGAUCGAGCUGGGAGAAGGGAGCGCCGUGUGUGUGUCGAAAGGUGGAUACAAGGCCGGCGAGGCAGCGCGCAAGAUUGAAUUGGCUCGCAAGGGUCUCCUGUGA